UUUUCCAGAUGAAUACAUGGAUCGUAGUUUAUUUUUACAAAGACAAUUCCGUCGAAGCAGUACCUAAUAUUUGGUUUAAAAAAAACAUUUGUGCUUGGCCCAAAGACACUAAAUUGAUCAACAAAUCAAUUGAAACUAGAGUAAAACCAAAUAAAAAAGAUUUUACAUUUUUUUCUGCAAGAAAGUUGGGAAAUAAAGAUUAUGAUUCUUUGUCAGAGGCCCGAGGAAAAAUACCUAAAGCUUUAUAUAAAUCUGAUCUCUCGAGUGCUGAAGACGAUGAAAAAACUACAAAAAGUCCUAAGAAAAAACAAAAAAUGAAUAUCACACUACCAGUUGCAGGCUGUUCAAAAAACAAUUCAUUAAUUGCAAGUGAUUUUCCUCCACAUUUUAAUAGCACAUUGAUUAAAGAAAAUCAAGAAUCAACACAAUAUAUUAACACAAAAGAAAAAAAUAAAGUAACAUUUUCAAAAUUUAACUCAGACUCUAGUGAUUCUGAAAAUGAUGCUGUAUGGGUCAUUGAAGAUUGCUCAAACCAGCAAAAAAACUCAGAAAAUGAAGUACAACCUGAACAACUGGAUGAUUUUAUUAUGAGUCAAAAUUUGAAUUGGUCAUUUGACGAAACUAAUAUGAUUUUUGAAAAAGAAAUUAAUUUUUCUGGUAGCAAAUGGUCUGUUGAAAAACAAAAAGAUGAUUUACCUAUAAUAUCUGGUGCAUUACUCAAGGAUAAAUGUCAUGAAGAUCUAUCACAAUCACAUGUCAAAAUAUUGGAUUUUAAUGACAAAAAUACCGAAGACAAUGAAACUUUAAUUAAAAAAGAUAUACAAGAACUAAAAAGUUAUGUAGUUAAAACAUUAACAAGUUUGAAGUAUAGAAUUGAUGGUUUGGAAACAUUAACCCAAACAAUUCAUUUAAACGUCGAGAAGAUUAUUGAUAAUCAUAUGUCUGUACCUGAACAUCGCUCAACUGUAUCCUAUGAAGAUAAUAUAUCAGUAAUAACUAAUAGAUAUGGAUUCAUAUUUUCCUAUUAAAUGUCAUGAUGAGCUAACAAACUUUGAAACAAUUAUUUCUAAUUUAGAUGUUCGUCGUGUUUUGGUAAUUAUAUAUAAUAUAUUGUAUAUUUAAUUUUUAAAUCACUACAAUAUUAGAAAACAUAGCACAUGAGUAUCUAAUUUAAGGGAAACCUCAGGCAGCUACUAGUUUUUGUCAAGUGGUGGUUAGGCAAUACUAAGUCAAUCGCCUGAGACAGUGUGUUAAACUUGUUAAUCUAUACCUGUGUACAAAAGCCUAUCGCUUGAGUUUUCUCUAAAAUAGAAUAACAAUACAGGCAUCAAUACAAAAUGUUGGAACACAAUACAUUUAUUGUGCUA